AUGGUCAUCCUCCUCCCAGGCGACGUAGUGCAGUUUCCUACCGCCUCUAGCUCCUCGGCAUCGUCAUCUCUCCCAGCAAUCAGGCUCGGGCCGGGGCUCCUCUGGCCCUCAGAGGAAGCGAAGGCGGCGGCAUCCUCCUCCUCAUCUGCCUCGCAACCACGCUUCGUCCUCGCCACUCAGGCGGGCCUGCUGGGCAGCGUAGAUGAGAAGGGCAAAGGCAAAGCCUCGAGCGAAGGCAAUGCGAAGCAACAAGGCUGGUGGAUCGAAGGUCGUACUCAGCGAUACUCUCCCUCACCGCGGGACCCCAUCAUCGGUCAGGUCACAGCGCGUAAUGCAGACUUCUACACCCUCACCCUCCACACCUCUCCACACCAAAUCACCCUCCCCGUCCUCGCAUUCGAAGGGGCCACCAAACGCCACAGGCCCAACUUGAAGAUCGGGGCCACGGUCUACGGCUUGGUGGCGAGUGAUGUCGCAGGUGCGGGAAUGGAGGCGGAGAUGACUUGUGUGGACCAGAGCACGGGGAAAGGAGAGGGUAUGGGGGAGCUCGACGGGCCUAGCACCGCAGCUGUUGGGGCGACGGGCACGCCUAGCGUGAGCGGUCUCAUCUCCGUCUCCCUGCCCCUAGCGCGCAGCCUGCUUCGUCCUUCCCACCCUCUGCUGCCGCUCCUGGCGCAACACUUCCCCUUCGAGUCUGCCGUCGGGGCCAAUGGAUUUGUUUGGAUGCGAGUCGACCGCAAGGAGCAUCUCGUGGCAGCCAAGGCGAUAUUGGAGGAGGCGGACCGAUUGGGUUCGACUGGGGUGGUGGGCGAGGAAGAGGAAGGAAAGGUGGGAAAGGAGGGGAAAGCUCUGAGUGCGAGGUGGGGUGCCGGGCUGGGUGAGAAGCAAGUAAGGGACAUCGUCAGGAGAGUCGUCAAGGGAGACGCGUGA